GCUCCAGACAGAGCCCGACGCCUGCUGACGCCUGAGCCACCACCACCUGUGUGGCCCCAAGGGGCUGGGGACAGCACACCAGUGUGUCCCUCAUCCUGGGGACAGACCGCAUGGGGCUGGGGACACGCCACUGCUGUCCUUGCGCCGCAGGGACAGACCCCACACAGAGGUGGGCAGGGAAGCCCUGCAGCAGCCUCCCUGCCCUCCUGGGAGGACAGAGAUGUGAAUCCUGGCAGGGAUGCAGAGCCCGUUAUUUCCCUGGGACCUGCAGCCCACAGGGAUCGUGUUGCCCGCUGGCACCCCUUCCCUUCCCACCUCCCGCAGCCACAGCUUUCCUGCCCACCGGCACUUAAAAAUAGCACAGGAAAGGCCACAGAGCUCCUUUGGGUUUACUCCCAGCAGCGGGGUUUGGCCUGGCCGCCCCCAGACCCGCUCCAGGGAGAGGCUCCACAGCCAGGCUGCAGAUCCCGCUGGGGCCCCGGAGGCGCGGGGGACAGCCAGCGCGGAGGCGCCCGUCCUGACCUUUAAGGAGAUCUGGAAUCGCAGUUUCUGCCGGCCGCUGGAGCAGCUGGUGGAUGUCAUUGCCGAGUUCCCCAACGAGGUGGAGUACAUCUUCAGACCCUCCUGCGUCGCCCUGCAGCGCUGCGGGGGCUGCUGCGGAGAUGAGGGGCUCCGCUGUGUCCCUGUGGAGACCAGCACGGUCACCAUGCAGCUCCUGAAGAUAAAGCCCAACGGGGAGGCACCCUACGUGGAGAUGUCGUUCACCGAGCACAAGAAGUGUGAAUGCAGGCCGCGGCAGGACCUGAUGAGGCUGGGGAGGAGGAGACCCAAGGGCCGAGGUAAGAGAAGAGGAGACAAGAAGAGACGUAAAGACUGUGAGCUAUGCGGCAUGCCGCGCAGGUAGCCUCCGCUCUGCCCCCGGCCUCGCUCCUGCCUCUGGGGCCUGAUCCAGUCUCAUUCCUGCCCGGCGUGGGGGACGUGCGGAGCUGAGUGGUGGUGGCCAGGGAGCAACUGUGCCGGGGAGCAGGUCUGCAGCAGGAAGGAGCUGACAGGACUCUUACUUGGCCCUGGAGCCGAGGACUCCCUCACCCUGUCUGCACCGGUUGCAGCAGGACUAAUGGACCCUUACAGGAGGAUGAGGAGCUGGAGCUGCACCUUGUGCUGGGGGGCAUCCUGGGGGCCACGAAGGAUGGAGCUGGUGGAUGUGCUGCUGGGGGUGGCAUGGGGUGGGGGCUGCAGGGCUGCAGCCACGGAACUGCUCUGUCCUGCUGGGCAGAGGGGGAGGAGGGACAGCCGGGACAGGCAGGGCUGCACCAGUCCAGCCUUGGCAUGGAGCAGCCCAGGAGGGUGCGAGGGUGGGUGGGGAGCUUGCCUGGGGAAGCCUCCUGGUGGGCACGGGGAGGGAGCUGGGGUGCUGUGGCCCUUCACGUGCUCAUAUCCUCGUCGUGGCCUCCCCCUUCUCAAUAAAAGCUGGGGGCAGACCCAGGAGCUGGCAGGGUGAGUGCUCCUCUCCUU